CGGCAACAAGGAACAGUUCAAGAGAAGAGAAGAUGGCUUCUUCUUCCUCGUCGGUGCUGCUGGUUGCGGCGGUGGUGGCCGCUGUGGUGUGCGGCGCGCACGGCAUCCCCAAGGUUCCCCCUGGCCCCAACAUCACGGCGUCGCCUGCGAGCUACGGCAACAAGUGGCUGGACGCCAAGACCACGUGGUACGGCAAGCCGACGGGCGCCGGGCCCAAGGACAACGGCGGCGCCUGCGGGUACAAGGAGGUGGACAAGGCCCCCUUCCACGGCAUGACCUCCUGCGGCAACAUCCCCAUCUUCAAGGAUGGCCGCGGCUGCGGCUCCUGCUUUGAGCUCAAGUGCACCAAGCCCGAGGCCUGCUCCGGCGAGCCCACCAUGGUCACUAUCACCGACAAGAACGAGGAGCCCAUCGCCCCCUACCACUUCGACCUCUCCGGCCACGCCUUCGGCUCCAUGGCCAAGAAGGGCGAGGAGCAGAAGCUGCGCGACGCCGGCGAGGUGGAGAUCAAGUUCCGGCGCGUCAAGUGCAAGUACCCGCCGGGCACCAAGGUCAACUUCCACGUGGAGAAGUCCUCCAACGAAAACUACCUGGCCCUGGUGAUCAAGUUCCUCCAAGGCGACGGCGACGUGGUGGGCGUAGACAUCAAGCAGAAGGGCGAGGACAAGUGGACCGAGCUCAACGAGUCGUGGGGAGCCGUGUGGAGGAUCGACACCCCCCACAAGCUCAUCGGCCCCUUCUCCGUCCGCUACACCACCGAGGGCGGCACCAAGACCGUCGUCGAGGACGUCAUCCCCAAGGGCUGGAAGGCCGACACCUCCUACGAGGCCAAGGGCGGGUACUGAAGAUGAUGAUGAUGAUGAUGCGAUCCACACCUUCCGGCAGCGUGCUUAAUUAAUUAACUAACUCCUUUUGGCUACAUAUGAUGCGAUGAGAGCAUGAGUAUACUUAUUCAUUCAUUUACUAUAGGGAAAGAGCGUGGACAACUAAUAAUUUCUUGUUUGAUGUAUCUUAACUUGCUCAUGAUUGUAAACAUGUCUUAUUACCAGAAAUUGAUAUGUACACAUUAAUUA